CAGAAGCAAAGCAAAAAAAAAAAGGAAGGACAGCAGCAGCAGCAGCAGAAGAAGAAGAGGAAGAGGAAGAAGAAAAGAGAGCAAUAUUAA